AUGAACCAUUAUUCGCCCAAUCAACCAGAUAAUGAGGAAGAAGAUGAUAUAGAUAAUUCAUUGAAAGAUGAGUAGAAAGAAUCAAAACUAGAUUUUAAGGAUCAUGUCGAUCACGAGGUUCAAAAUCAAUAAUAAACAGUUAAGAAAACGGAGAUAAAUUUAACUUCUUGUAUUCUUCAUAAUUAAAAGUUAGAGUCUAAUAGUGAUAGUUCGAGGAGGAAAAAUGAAAUGGCGUUUAGAAAUCAUGAGGAUCUUUUAGAAACGUUGGGAAGUAGGUCGAAUUGCAAUUAGAGAGAACGAAGAAGGAAACAUAUAUUUAAAAGUGGAGCAUAUUAUGAGGGUGAAUGGAUAGGCUAAUAGAGAGAUGGGUAUGGAGUGUAGGUUUGGGUGGAUGGUGCUAAAUAUGAGGGAGAUUGGAAGAAUAAUAAGGCGGAGGGGAUGGGCAAGUUUUGGCAUUUGGGAGGAGAUUAAUACGAGGGAUAAUGGAAGGAGGAUAAGGCCUGUGGUAAGGGGAAAUAUUUGCAUGCUAAUGGGGCUAAGUUUGAAGGAGAGUGGCUGAAUGAUCAACCUCAUGGUUAUGGGAUAGAGAUUUGGGUGGACAAAUCCAGAUAUGAGGGGAAUUACAGUCAUGGGAAGAAGGAUGGGUUUGGGAAGUAUUAUUGGAAUGAUGGGUCAUAUUACAUAGGGAAUUGGACAAACAAUUUGAUGGAGGGAUUUGGAGUUCAUUACUGGGCUGAUGGUAGAAAAUAUGAGGGUUGGUGGAGGAAGAGUCAAAUGAAUGGAAGAGGGACUUAUGUUUGGCCAGAUGGAAGAUAAUAUAGUGGGGAAUACACAAAUGAUAAGAAGCAGGGAUACGGAGUUUACAUUUGGCCAGAUGGAAGAAAGUACGAGGGAUAUUGGGUAAAUGGGAAGUAGGCUGGAAAGGGUAGAUAUGUGUUGUCAAAUGGGAAGAGUCAAUUGGGAUUAUGGGAAGGUGGCAGACGUCUCAAGUGGUUGGAGUAGGACGAAGAUAUUAAGCCUCAAGGUUGGGAUGAUUAUGCAGAUCCCAAAUUAAAUGAGUUUAGUCUUGCUGGUAGUUGA